AUGUCUACCACCCCUAUACCCCCAGUCAUUGAUCCAAUGAUCCCUGAAACCUUUUCCUACGGGACCAAACAUGUCCUCCAAACCGUGACAGUGACCACCUUAUCGGCUCUCCCCGACAAAGGCUACUGGGUGAUCUGCAUCCACGGCGGCGCCUGGCGCGACCCCACACAAACGGCCCUGAACUACCUGACGCCGGCGGUCUCGAUCCUGGCGGCCUCGGAGCCCUACGCCUCGACGACGCACGCCCACCUCGCCGGCUUCGCCUCCAUCAACUACCGCCUGAGCCCGCACCCGGACCACCCGCAGGACCGCAACAGCACCUCACCCACGGAAUACCGCGCCGCGCGCCACCCGGACCACAUCGCCGACGUGCAGGCCGCGCUGGCCUUCCUGCAGCGCAAGUACGGCUUCGGGGACCGCUACAUCCUCGUCGGGCACAGCUGCGGCGCCACGCUGGCGUUCCAGUCGGUUAUGGGCUCGUUCCGCGGUAACCAGACCACCACUUCGAAUAGUGGUCUGGUUGAUGGGGAUGGUGGUCAUGAUGGUAGGGAUGGUGCGGUAGGCGGGAGUGGAGGGAUCGGGCUCGGGCUCGGCGGCGGGUCGGUGGCGAUAGGACCCCAGGCGAUUUUGGGGACGGCGGGCAUCUAUGAUCUGCGGGGGUUGCGGGAUGAUCAUGUGCAGAUCGCGGCGUACCAGCAGUUUAUUGAGGAGGCGUUUGGAGAAGAGGAAGCGCUGUGGGAUGCCGUGUCGCCGGCGGCGGUCGGGGAUGAGCGAGAUGGUGUUGUGGGUGGGUGGACGGCGGGCCGGUUGGCCGUGCUGGCGCAUUCGCCGGAGGAUGAGCUGGUCAAUGCGCGCCAGCACGAGGUAAUGAAGAAAGCUCUGGAGCCCUGGGUUGAGGCGGCGGCGGCGUCUUCGUCUCAAGGCAGUGGCAGCAGCAGGAGGAGGGUCGAACUGCUCCCCAUCAAGGGGGCGCAUGACGAUUGCUGGGACAAGGGGAUCGAGCUGGCGCGGGCCAUUGCCUUUACGCUGGACAAGCUGCUGGAGUUGCAGGAGUGA